UGUACGGUAAGUACUCAAGAGAUAGCUAGCUAGUGCGGCAGAACAAAAUUACUGCAUCAUGUAAACAACUGUAUUGCAGAAUGCAGAUGCAUGCCGAAUGCGAGCUAGGCAGAUCUAUCUCUAGCUUGCCUGAGAGUUCUGCUACUUUUACUUGCUUUGCCUCUUCUCUGCUCUCCCUUGUUGUCUGUCAUUUCCAGCUUGCAAAGCGAAGUAGUAGCAAUUAAUUAACACUGAACUCUGCAUGCAUCUCUUCUCAAUUACUCCAGUAGUUUUCUUCUUCUUAUAGCACUUUACACAUUAUUCUUGCCAUGUGCAUGUCACGUUACUAAGGAUGAUGACUUUGCUUCCACUUUCGUUCAUUCCUCCGGUGCUAUGUUCCAAAAGAAGAUCCUCCAGUGCUAUUAUCAAAUUAAAAAGAAGAUCCUCUCACACAAGUUCUUUUCCAGGAAAGUACCACUCCGGCAAGUUAAAAGGCGCGCGAUUGGACACAAAACCUCUCCCUUUGGCAACAUCAAGGUACAUUGGCAUUGCCAUUUAUCAACUCCUCACUACAAGCCAUGCAUACACAUAUUCGUUUCUUCUAUCUCAAGCGACACAUUGCGUAACUAGUCAUGCAUGUUGUGUGCACCUGCGACAUGGAAAGGAGUGAAGAGCAAACACUGCCGUGACCAAGAAUGGCAUUCAUUCCCUUGUGAAAAGAAAAAAAUCCACAUGAGAUUGAUCGAUUGAUUUGGCCGGUGAUUAAGCGAGCCAGAUCGACGAUGGACCUCGUCGUCGGCGCGUCGAGCGAAGCCGUGAAGUCGCUGACAGGGAAGCUGGGCAGCCUCCUCGCGCAGGAGUACACCCUGAUCGCCGGCGUCCGCGACGACAUCCAGUACAUCAACGACGAGCUCGCCAGCAUGCAGGCCUUCCUCAGCAAGCUCAAGCGACGGGACGUCGACCACGACGAGCAGCGUCAGGACUGGAUGAAGCAGGUGCGGGAGGUGGCCUACGACAUCAAGGACUGCGUCGACGAUGUCGGCCACCGCCUCGGCCGCGAGCCGCGGGGGAGCGGCGCGGCCAUCUCCUUCCAAAGGGCGUGGUACCUUCUCACCACCCUCUACAAGCGCCGCCGCAUCGCAGCCGAGAUCGGCAACCUCAAGCUCCGGGCGCAGCAUGUCAGCGAGCGCCGCACCAGGUACGGGGUGGAGAACCUCCAGGGCAAUGGUGGUGGUGGCGGCAGCGGCAGCGGCCUCGGCGUCGGAGCCAACGCUCCUAGAGACCGUCUAGCUCCUCUUCCCCGGCUGAUUGGCACCAUGGAGCCUGUAGGAAUGGAUGCUGCCAUUGAUGAGCUCCAGGAGUGGUUUUCCAAAGGGAAGGAUGGCACCCAGCAGAGGUACCUCGCCAUUGUCGGGUUCGGUGGCCUUGGCAAGACCACGCUCGCCAUGGCGUUGUACCGCAAGCUUGGGGACGAAUUCGAUUGCCGAGCAUUCGUGCUCGCGUCGCAGAAGUUCCAUCUCCCGACGGUUCUGAGGAGCCUUGUCAAGCAGUUCCAUGAGAAGCAGGCAGACGCUUCUGAGGAUACCCUCCAUGGAAUUGAGGGUUGGGGUGAUGAAAUGCUGAAGAAGAAGCUGCUUGAACAAUUAACAGGCAAGAGGUACCAUAUCUUGGUAGAUGACAUAUGGUCUGUAUCAGCAUGGGAAAACAUUAGGGAUUCAUUCCCCAAGAGUGAUAAGGGUAGUUGUGUAGUGGUGACUACAAGGUUUAACUCUGUAGCUGAAGCCUGCCGCCGUCAACAAGGUCAUGUGCACAAGCUCAAACAGCUCGAUCCAGAGAGCUCCUACAAUUUGUUUCUUCAGAUAAUAUCUGCUAAUGAUCUGUGUCCCAUUAGACCUAUUAAUGCUCGCAUUAUCAUGAAAACGUGUGGGGGUCUGCCUUUGGCAAUUGUAGUAGUAGCAGGGCUGAUUGCUAGUAAAAUGAAAUCAAAGAUUGACCUGACAUUGGAUCAGCAUUUGGUUGAUGUAGAUGAGGCUUUAAGUGCAGAGUUGGGAAGCAAUCUCACCACCGAAGGAGUAACGCAAAUAAUUAACCACUGUUACAAAAAUCUGCCACCUGAUCUUAAGACAUGCUUGCUGUACUUGAGCACAUUUCCCAAGGGCCGCAGUAUUAGCAGGAAGCAUUUGAUAAGAAGAUGGAUUGCUGAAGGAUUCAUUACUGAAGAGCAUGGGAAGACUGCUGAGGAAGUUGCAGAAGACAGCCUCAAUGAACUCAUUGGCAGGAACUUGAUAAAGCCUAUCAAAAACAGCAGCAACGGCAGGGUGAAGAGCUGCCAAAUUCAUGACAUGGUCCUCCAGUACAUUGUCUCCAAGUCUAGUGAUGAGAAUUUCAUCGCCGUUAUUGGCGGCCACUGGCAGACACCACUUCCAAGCUACAAGGUACGGCGAUUGUCUGUCCAUAAAAGUGAUAAGCAAGAAACAGACAUGGUAGAGAGGAUGAAAUUGUCCCAUGUCCGAUCCUUGACAGUAUUGGAGAGUUUCAGUGCUCUUCAUUCUACUAUGCUCAAGUUCCAGAUACUGCAGGUAUUGGACCUUGAUGGCUGCAAGGACUUGUCCCACCCACAUCAGCUCAAGAAAAUAUGCAACAUGUAUCAGUUGAAGUACCUGGGCUUGCGGCGGACAGAUAUUGACAAGAUCCCGAAGAAUAUAGGGAGGCUGGAGUACUUGGAGGUACUGGACAUUAGGGAGACAAAUGUCAGAAAGUUGCCUACAUCAUUUGCAAAGCUUCAGCGAAUGACCCAUCUACUUGCUGGCAACAAAAGCAAGCGGACAGCAUUGAAAUUAACUGAGGAAAUUACAAAGGUCGUAGCUCUACAAACACUUUCCGGGAUUGAGAUCAGUGGAAGCUCAACUUUAGAAGAAGACCGGGAGCAGCCACGAGAUAUGCCCAUCAGACACUCUACAACCACCAGAGCCGAGGAGAGAGGCAACACUGCCUUGCAUGGUCCACAUAAAGAAGCUAGCAAAGUGGACCUUCCAAAACAGCUGCGUCCUCUUGAAGCCUUGGAGAAGCUCACCAACCUUAAGAAACUUGCCAUUUACAAGCUUGUAAAGUUCCAAGCGAAAGACGAUGAGUUACUGCUCUCUGCUAUUGAGCAUUUGAGCAGUUGUUCCCUCAAGUUUCUUGCAAUUGAUGACAGUUUCACAGGUUUCCUUGAAAGCUCACUGAGUUCUUCGCAAGCAGCACCAGAACACCUGUACACCCUCGAGCUUUCUGGCAUGUUAUCUAAAGCGCCUGGAUGGAUUGACCGCCUGCACAACCUUGAGAAGCUUACUCUGUCAUUGACUUCACUUAAGACAGAUACUUUGGUGGUUCUGAGUAGCCUGCCUGAGUUAUUCUCUCUCACUUUUUCACUCCAUGCAGCAGACAAUGAUUCAAAUGCUCUCAAAAUAAUACAUAGGAAUACAAUGAAGUCAGGAGGUAAGAUCUUUGUGCUGGAUGAGGGAUUUGAAAAGCUGAAGCUACUGCAUUUUGCGGCACCUGUGCUACCUUCUCUGAGCUUUCUAGAAGGAGCAAUGCCGGAGCUUCAGAGGCUUGAGCUGAGGUUCAGAAUGGUGGACUAUAUGUAUGGUCUGGAAAACCUCUCAAAGCUGCAACAGGUAUUUUUAACAGUCAGCAGCCAGGCACCUGAAGAUACUAGGGCAAAGACAUCUCAUAUCAAACAACUGGCAAGCAUGAUUCAAAAGGCUAAGAAUUCCCCUAACCCCAGUGUGGUGAUAGAUGAGUACAACGAACUAGCAAAAGAAUAAUGGAUGAUCUAGACAUAAUCCGCAAUUGCAAUGUGCCAUUGUAUUAUCGAUAUGUUGUACCUACUCCAUCAGUUGUGCCUUUUUCUUUUAUGACUUUCUGAUCUAUUUACAAAUUAUUGUACUUUUUUUUUAUGAUCUGUGGCAUCUGUAUUUCGUUUCAUCUGUUGUACCCUAAAGUCUCUGCAAGUAUAAAGACUUAUCUUCAGCUUUCCUUAGAAAACUAAUCAGUCCAGAGGUGUAACUAGUUCUAAUAAUUAUCUUUCUAACUCAAUGUGCUAUUUUUUAUCUCUCUCACGAAUUGCCUAGUAUAAUAAAAAAAAACUUUGUCUUUUGUCACUAAGGAAGUAGACUAAUUCACUUAUUUCUAUCUACUUCAAGAAUUAAUUAGUAUUGUAACAACUAAUCUUGAAUUCUUGGGUGAAUGAAUUAUGAUUGAGAAUCAAGCACCUAUCCUUUCCUCCUAUGUCAAGUACAAGAAUUGCUCGGUGGCAGCAGCUCUGCAAGAUUAUGCUUGGGUGGCCACUGGCCAAUAUCAGAGGGGGGUUAUCCUUGCAAGGUACUGCCGAUUAUUUCAAGAUUUGGGAUGUGGUCUCAGAGUAUCCCUGUGCCAGGGAUUCUAUGCUCUGGUUGGCAUAGGCUAAUGGCGAUUUCUCUGUCAAAUCGGUGUAUUCGCUGCUCUGUGCUCGGUGAACAAAGUGUGCCUUGGGCAGAAUUGGGUGCAAAUCCAGGGUGUCGGCACGUUGCAAAUUCUUCAUGUUCCUUGCCAUGCGAGGAGCUUGUCUUACUGCCAACAACUUGCAGUGUCGCAGGUGGCAUUUGGUGAGCUUCUGUCACCUUGGUUGCUGUGAUCUGGAAACCUGCUUGCACAUCUUUCACUGUUGCGCAUGCACGGUGCAUGUCUGGAAUGCACAGCCGCCUGGGAUUCAUUUGCCCACAGCCUACACUGCAUUUGCUUCCCUGGUGGCUCGCAG